UUUCCUUUCUCCCCCCUUUCUACGUUUUCAAAUUUAAACGCUCCCAAAAUCAAAUCCUUCUUCACUCACAAUCACACACACUGAAAUCAAAUUCAAUUUCAUCAACUCAAUCUUACUAUUAUCAUGUCUAAUUCAGAGAUCUCACGACACAGAUCAUCCGGAAGCAUUUCGAUUUCGUCGAUUCGAAACCUACUUCCGAGAUCUGGAUCGGUAAAGCACAAGAUGAGUUCAUUUUCAAACCCUAGGUUAUCUCGGUUCCAGUCCGAAAACGUUCCUCCUGUCGAUCCGAAUGUUACGGCCGAGGAACUGCCUUCGAUUGUGAAGGAAUCGACCGCAAACGUGACGAAUGGAUCGGUUUCGUGCAAGGAAGUUAGAGGAUUGGAAAGCUCUGUAGAUCCGCAUGUUAAGGUUGUUGCGAGGAUUAGACCUCCUAAUUCUCAUGAGAAGGGGGAUUAUACGGUUAGGAAAGUUUCGGAUGAUUCGGUGGCCGUAGGGGAUCGGAAGUUUACUUUGGAUGCCGUACUCAAUUCGAAAUCUAGCCAGGAGGAUGCAUUUCAGUCAGUUGGCGUCUCAAUGGUUAAGAGUGCAAUGGCGGGUUACAACACGUUGACAUUGGCUUAUGGACAGACUGGAAGUGGAAAAACUUACACAUUAUGGGGUCCACCGAGCGCGAUGCUUGAAGAUCAAUCGACUAGUGGUAAUCAAGGAAUUGUUCCACGCGUCUUCCAGAGGCUGUUUGCAGAAAUCCAACAAGAACAAGAUCAAGCAGAAGGUAAACAGAUAAAUUAUCAGUGCCGCUGUUCCUUCCUUGAGAUAUACAAUGAGCAAAUUGGAGAUUUGCUUGAUCCAACCCAGAGAAACCUAGAGAUUAAAGAUGAUGCUAAACAUGGGUUUUAUGUUGAGAAUCUGACCGAGGAAUAUGUGACGGGCUAUGAAGACGUUACUCAAAUUUUGAUCAAGGGCCUCUCCAAUAGGAAAAUUGGAGCAACAAGCGUAAACUCCAAAAGUUCAAGAUCUCAUAUUGUGUUUACAUGUGUUAUUGAGUCUUGGUGCAAGGGUACAGCUUCAAUGAAUUUUGGUAGUUCAAAAACAAGCCGGAUUACACUUGUCGAUCUUGCUGGACUUGAGAAGAACAAAACCAAUGACACUGGCAGAGAGUGUGUCAAAGAAGGAGAAUUUGUCAGAAAAUCAAUUUCACAACUUGGAAACUUGGUUAAUAUCCUUGCUGACACAAACCGAUCUGGAGAAUCAAAAGACAUUCCGUACAACAAUUCUUGUUUGACUCAUUUGCUGAAAGAAUCACUUGGAGGCAACUCAAAACUUACUGUUAUAUGUGCUAUCUCCCCAGAUGACAAGUCUUCUGCUGAAACAAUUAGCACACUUAGAUUUGGACGUCGUGCAAAACUUAUACACAAUAAUCCUGUAGUAAAUGAAAUAACAGAAGAUGAUGUUAAUGAUCUCAGUGAUCAAAUUCGUGAACUGAAGGAAGAGCUAAUUAGAGCAAAAACAGAUGCAAGUUACUCGUUCGGAUCUAACACGAUCUAUAAAAACGGAAGUGCACGCCAAAGCUUGAAUCAGUUAAGAGUUAGUCUUAACCGUUCAUUGAUGAUGAAAGAAGAAGUAGUAGGUAUUGAAACUGAUGUGAAAGAAGACGUAGAUAUUGAUGAACAUGACGUUAAAGAUUUACAACGUCAGCUCGAUAUGUUACAUAGUGAUGAUGAGUUCCAAGAAGCCUCUGAAAGCAGCAGAGGCACACGGUUCUUCUCUAUGGGAGGUUCCGAGGGUGACGUAGCAAGUGAACAGUAUGCCAGCUGUCAAGACGACACUGACGAUGAAGAAAUGAAUCCCGAAGAACCUGAAAUCGAUCUUAAAGUUCAGAAUAUCGAUAGCAUUUCGAUUACUGCUGGCAGGCCUUCUGAUGCGUUUAACGGUCCUAUGCUAUCAGAAUCGCCGAAAAUCGGUAAUGUCAUGAGAAAGAGUGUGGCUUUUGUUCAAGAUAAUGUAACCCGUGAAUCGUCAAAGAAUAGUGACCAAAUUAGCUGUCAAGAAGACGGUGAAAUUGAUCGUAAAAUUCAAAACAUUCAUAGCAUUUCCAUUACUGCUGGCAGGCCUUCUGAUGCGUUUAACGGUCCUAUGUUAUCAGAAUCCCCGAAAAUCGGUAAUUCCAUGAGAAAGAGUGUUGCUUUCGUUCAAGAUAAUGAAACCCGUAAAUCAUCUUCAAAGAUUAGCGAUCAAAUUAGAGCAUCUUUAAGAUCGAGUAUGAUGUUUGGGGGGGCCACUGAGUCACUCGCAGCUAGUCUUCAAAGAGGGCUAGAAAUUAUAGACAAUCACCAACGGAAUUCGGUUUUGAACAAGUCCUUGGUUGCAUUGUCUUUUGAUCAUUUGGCUACAAACAUGAAUGAUGCAUCUGUUCAAACAGAUGGGUCUUUUGAUAAGAAAUAUGUCUGUUCGAAUUGCCAGCAAAGAGGAUCUAAUGAUUCUAAUGAAGUUGCUGCCAUGAAGAAAGUGAAAGAUCUUGAAAAUGUUUGCAUGGAACAAGCAGCAGAGAUUGAGAAAUUAAAUAAUCUGGUAUUGCAAUACAAACAAGAGAAAGAUGUAACAUCACCUCUUAAUGAGCUAAAAAAUAGCAGCAUUUCACGUAACAGCCAAACAAAGCUUCUAAGAUGGAACGACGAGCCAGAAAUCAUAAAACAAAGUUUCGAUGCAAACGAAAAAGAAUCACUUCUCGAAGAAAUCAAAUCAUUAAGAUCCAAACUCCAACUCCAAUCACCUACAAACAAAUCACUCGACAGAUUAAGAAGAUCGUCAACCUCACUAAUAUCCCAAUCACUAACCUUAAGAAAAAGCGGCACAGACCUUAAAGGAAACGAAACACUAGAAGACCUUCAAAAGGAACGAGAAAGAUGGAUGGAAAUGGAGAGUGAAUGGAUCUGUUUGACCGACGAGUUAAGAGUUGACCUGGAAGCCACACGACGUCGUUCUGAGAAGAUGGAAAUGGAAUUAAGAUUGGAGAAGAAAUGCACAGAGGAGUUAGAUGACGCACUCAUGAGGUCGAUUAACGGUCAUGGUAGAAUGGUGGAACAUUAUGCUGAUUUGCAGGAGAAGUAUAAUGAACUGGCGGAGAAACACCGGUUGAUUCUUGAAGGGAUAGCGGAGGUGAAACGGGCUGCGGCUAAAGCCGGAGCGAAAGGUCAUGGGAAGCGGUUUUCGAAGUCGUUGGCUGCUGAGCUGUCGGUGUUGCGAGUUGAGAGAGAGAAGGAAAGAGAGUUGUUGAAGAAGGAGAAUAGAAGUUUGAAAAGUCAACUCAGGGAUACUGCUGAAGCUGUUCAUGCAGCUGGUGAAGUUCUUGUUAGGUUGAGAGAAACUGAGGAAGCAGCAGCGGCUGCACAGGAGAAGUUUGCAAAUGUUGAGGAAGAGAACAAUAAGCUAAAGAAGCAAAUAGAAAAACAAAAAAGAAAGCACAAGAUGGAGAUCAUUACAAUGAAACAGUAUCUUGCUGAAAGCCGAUUGCCCGAAUCUGCAUUGAGACCGUUGUACAGGGAAGACUCAGAUGUUAAAGUCAAUGACGACGUUGAUGAUGAGGCCUGGAGGGCUGAAUUUGGAGCCAUAUAUCAAAACCAUUACUAGAUCAUCAUUUUCAGAAUUUUUGAAUUUGGUUAACCACCCAUAGUGGUUUGUUGAUGACAACAGGUUGUGUGUGUGUGUGUGUUUUUUUUUAAAGUUUCUAUUGUAUGUAACCUUUUAAAUAUACCAAUGUUAUAACAUCCUCAUUCAAUUCAAUAUUUAGCUUUUUUAAUAA